AUGGAUCCGAUUCAAGAAGCGAUUGAAUAUAUCAAAUCGCACGAGCCAGGAGAUGAUUUCUCGUACACAAAGGUUGCUGCCCAGUUCGGUGUUGAGCGCAGUACGCUCGCUCGAAGGCACCAGGGUGUGCACGACCAGCGCGGGGUCUCCCAUCGAUCCCUACACCCAGAACGCGAAGCCGAGCUUGUACGAUAUAUCGAAACGCUUACCGAGAGACGUUUGCCGCCUACAAAAGUAAUGGUACAGCAGUUUGCCAGCCAGUUGGCUGGCAAACCGGUCUCCGAAACCUGGGUUAAACGGUUCCUCCGCCGUCAUCCCAACCAUCUCAUCUCUCGCUCAGGCAAAGCCAUGGCCAAGGAGCGGACCAAAGCUGAUUCAGGACCCAAGUACAGCUUGUACUUUAAGCUGUUACAUGAAAAAAUAGAGGAGUACAACGUCCAACCAACACAUAUAUUCAAUAUAGACGAAAAGGGGUUUCAACUUGGCCGGGUUGGCAGAACAAAUCGUGUAUUCGAUAAGAAGCUGUACGAGUCAAAAGGGGUAAGGCAACCCCUUGAAGAUGGCUCCAGCGAGUGGAUAACGGUAGUGGCUUGUAUUUGUUCGGACGGUAACGCUUUGAGUCCAACUCUCAUCUUCCAGGGAGCCAACGGAGCUGUUCAAUCGAGCUGGGUUGAUGCUAUACAAGCAGGAGAACACUCAGUAUUUACUACGUCAUCACCCUCUGGCUGGACCAACAACGAUAUUGGGUUAUCGUGGCUCAAACAGGUGUUUGAGAGAGAAACCAGACGGCAUGCUUCAACUGGGUAUCGAUUACUACUCCUUGACGGCCACGGAUCCCACGUAACCAUGGAUUUUAUUGAGUAUUGUAACGACAACAAGAUCCUCUUGUUUGUAUUACCCCCUCACGCUACUCAUACGCUUCAACCCCUCGACGUUUGUAUGUUCAAACCCCUCUCGAACGCUUACUCAACUCAGUUGAUGGGAUACCUCCAGGACAGCCAGGGGUUACUCAAUUUAACCAAGGGAGACUUCUUCCCGCUCUUCUGGAGGGCUUGGGGUAACGUGUUUAAACCUCCACUCAUCAAGAAGUCGUUUGAAGCCACUGGUAUAUACCCAGCCAACCCAGACGUUGUACUCGAGAAGUUUGCCAAGCAAGCUUCAGACUCUGACAGCAGCAACUCAGUACUAUCGGGGAGCGAUUGGCUCAAGCUCAAAUCAAUCGUACGCCGUGAGGUGAAGGAUCAGGGCAGUAAGGACGUCAAGAAGCUUCAACGAAGCUUGUGCCACAUCUCAGCUCAAAACAGUAUACUCCAAGAGGAGGUCAGGGGUCUCAGGCAGUCCCUAGCCAUCAAGGAGAGGCGACCAAAGCAGUCAUUCACCCUCCAGCUUGAUGAGGACGAGGUUUACCAUGGGGGAGCCAAAAUAUGGUCGCCCAGGAGUGUACAACGAGCUCGCGAUCGUCGGGCAUCACAACAACAACAAGCCGAGCUUGAAAAGCUUCAAAAAGCCAAGCAAGCCGAGAUCAAGAAGGCAGCACGCGAUUGUGAGGCUCAACUCAAAGCUGUGAAGCGUGUAGAGCGGGAGAGACGGGCGGAGGAGAAGAGGAAGGAGGAGGCUGAAAAGCUGGCCAAGAAACAACACCGUGAGCUCAUCAACAACACUAAAAAGCUUAUAAAAUUAUCCCAAAAGGGUAAGCGCAAAGCUUCAACAGCUCACCAGCCAGCUACAAAGCGUCAGAAAGGUGUUGUGGGUGGUACAGCUUCUGUAGGUGCCCAGGUGGCUGCACAACCAGUUCCACCAAAAACCACCAAAACGCGGGUAAUCCGCCGCCCAAAAAAAGAUUUAGACUAG